AUGGAUUGGGAUAACUUCUACGCCCAUUUCUCCGCCGGCCAGGUGCCAUUGCCUGGUCUUAAUCAUCUGAGCCAGAGCAACAUGGAGGCGAACGGCACCCCGUCUCCUGCCGUCCAGACCCAACCCCAGGAAGCUGCUCAUAACAACCAAAACAACAAUGCCAUUCCACCUGCUCCCAUUGCGCCUGGUGCAGGCGUUCAGAAUGUGCACCACUACAAUGCGCCGGUACAGCUGGGGGGGCAGGGACUCGGCGAACCCGUGCCCAUGUACGUCAACGUUCAUGGCGGCUACGUGAACGGUGGCAACGCGAACGGCGGCAGCGUUAACAACAACCAUUUCAAUGGCGGCAAUAACUUGACCGUCCACGCGCCGCCUCCCAACCCGGCCCCGGCCCCGGCCCCGGCCGUGAAGCCCUGCGAUCAUCCCGGUUGCACCAAUCCGGUGAACCAUCCAGGCCCGAGGGUCAAGAAAUGUGAAGCCCAUCUGGUGAGCAGGGUUGGUCCCGGCCGGGCCGCCAAGAUGGCCGCAUGCCGCACCGCGGGCCUUGACCCCUGCCGUGGCUGCACUUCAGGUCGGCCGCAGAGAGCUCGGGGACAAUCGUGCUGGAAGUGUCACCACACCCGCCUCAAGAAGCGACCUAAGUGGAUGCCCCGGCUGUCUCUGGGAAACCUGCCCUCGCUAUCCGGGCCAGUUUUGAACAAAGUGCCCGCCUUCGGUUACCUCUAG